AAGUGUUAUUGAAUGGCUUUGGCUGUUAGGAGACGGGCUUUAAGAUUUGUCCAUACAGAAUCGGGAACGCAUUCUCGUUAACCAAUCGCUGUAGAUGUGCCAUUGUCAAGACCCGCCUACGUAUACUAUAAACCUUCGGAGAUAUCUUUCUGAUGAAGUCGUAUGAAUUAUUAUCAUUGACCAACUGAAAAUACUUAAUUAACGUUGUAACUACAAUGGAGCUCAUGAGACUUUGCUGGUGCAUAUAUCUUGGCAAUGUCUUUAUACAUUGGUGUUGCGUCUCAGGUCUUGGGGUCAACGAGUUGUUAUAUUUCCGAGUGAUCAGCCCUGAGGACAUAGGCUACAUCUUCAGUGCUGCGCCCGCCAAGGAUUUUGGAGGAGACUUUGUGUCUUCUUAUGAUGAGAUCUACUUGGUGCCAGCAGAACCAGCCGAUGGAUGUUCAGAGCUCCGGAACAGAGGACUGAUUCACGGACAAGUGAUCCUCCUGGAGAGGGGGGGCUGCUCCUUUGUCCACAAGGCCCGAGCCGUGGAGGAGGCCGGGGGCGCAGCCGUGCUCAUAGCGGACGACGCGGCGGACAACGACAGCCAGUUCCUGGACAUGAUCACGGAUGGAAGCACAGCCAAGCCCAGCAUACCCGCUCUGUUCCUGCUGGGGCGGGAUGGAUUGAUGAUCAGAAGGUCCCUCCAAAGACAAGCCCUGCCCUGGGCUGUGAUCUCCAUUCCUGUCAAUGUGUCCUCACUGGCCUCCUUCCCUCUCAAACAGCCCCCAUGGACACUGUGGUAGCCCGACCACACACACACACACACACAGGCACACACGCACACACACAGACUACUUGCACAUUCAAACACUUUAGCCUCUGUAAGUGCUGGGACCAGUCCAGUUGAUUAAGAGGGAGAGACUGACAGUAUUAGUGUCUGUUGACCCUGGAUUCCGAUUGGCUGUCAUUAGAGUGGAACUCUAAUUAUCACUUUUCUGACAUCCUACACUCUCAUUGGCUAUUAUUGGGAAGGAACAACGCCGUCCUGGAUUUGGAUUUGCUUAGACUGUGACUUGAAUUAGCAUCCUGGACUCUGGUUAGUACUGGAGAGUUCUCUUAAAGGGACACGCACGGACACACCUGGUCUGGGGGUCGGCCCAUUGCUGGAUGAUGCUCUGAGUGGACGACUUGAACGCCGAAACGUCUGCAGAUCCUCAGAUCCCACUGAGAUGGAUGGUGCUGACUCCCACGUGGACCUGUGAAUAGGUGGAGACUGGAUGGUAGUGGGCAGGUGGUCGCCAGACUGAUGAAUCAUCUUUGUGUGGCUGUUGCCAGGAUUAAUUACAGGUACAUGACCUGUGUAACAGGCUUGAUUAUGUUUGUGGAUUGAUUAAAACCCAAUUGUGAAAAGUGUAACGGCACACCUGUUAAAUCAAGGGCGGCACCGCCAAGGACUGUCGACUGCUGACCCGUACUGUACUGUACUAUUGUAGGUCACAUGACCAGCUGGUGUUGCUGUAAUAAUUGUGUGCUACUCAGGUACAGUCUGCUCU